AUGAGAGCCAAAGACCCAAGCCGCCGCAACGAUACCGGCCCACUUUACCAUCCGGUGGAACCUCCUGAAUCGUAUGCCCUGGCUCCUACGGAUACUGAAAGCUCUCUUCGACAUGCCGCCCCCGUUACAGGUGAAUCUCGUCUGACCAAAAAAAUGCGGCCUCAGCAAGGAAAGCGCCGGACCUCAUUCUCGGGGUGGAAGCUGGAACUCUUCGCAUGUUUGGCAUUCCUUACAGCCCUCGCAGCCAUGGUGGCUACAAUGUACCCUCACCAGGGAAAGCCACUUCCCCAAUGGCCCUUUCGAGUGUCUGUCAAUACAUUGCUGGCCAUCUACGGGGGAGUGAUUAAGGCAGCCACGCUCUAUGUCGUCGGAUCUUGCGUUGCCCAGUUGCAGUGGUCAUGGUUCUUAUCUGAACGGCCUCUUAUUGACCUAUCUCGGCUUGCAGACCUAUCUCAUGGGGAUAUCCCUGGAGCGUUCCGCUGGCUCUGGUCUAAUCAUAUCCGAGAGCCGUUGAUCACACUUGGCGCAGUUAUCGUCAUCGCCUCUUUCGCCUUCGAGCCGUUCAUACAGCAGCUAACAUCAUAUGUCGACUGCAGCGUCCCGCUGGAAAACCUCCGGGUUGCUCCGAGUAUACCACGAACGAACUACAUUGUUCGAAAGAGUGGUGUGUCCUCCGCUCAAAGUGGUGAUCCGGAAAUUGCACAAGCCAUCUUGUCAGGCCUCGUCGGCGGUCCCGAUCCUCUCGCCAGCACUGGGUGUACGACAGGAAACUGUACCUUCUCGACUUCUUACACGAGCGCCGGCAUCUGCUCGACAUGUGAGGAUAUCUCUAGCAGCAUAACUGUUAUGAAGACUUGCAGAGGGGAGAAUAGCUCGGUUGUUGACUGCGCCAACGCAACGUAUCAACAGAGCGUGGUUUGGGCCGAUCGCGUCACUACAGCCUCAUAUGAUGGCGUCGAUUUGACGAACGUUAGCUGGACUCCGAUGCAAAACGAAUCGCUUCUCUUCCACGUGGACACUGCGCUUUAUCCCCAGUGGCCAAGCUACAUCAUGUUUGGGAUCGAGAUUGUCUGGGGAGAGACGACGUACUCGCAAGCAAAGGUCAGCCCUUUGACCUUGGACCCUUUGCAAGGUUGUGAGGACGCCUCAACCAACAAUACGUGGGCUUGCAGGGGCUACGGAUCUGCAUACUGCAAACUGCGGUUUUGCACUCGCACAUACAACGCAUCUGUUGAGGCUGGUGUUCUAGUGGAGAAUGUCAUCGAGGAAAGCCCAUUAUCGACGAAGGAUCUGGUGCGCCCGCCGCCGGAGUUACUAGUAGGAGACGAAUUCACGGCGACCCUCGGUCUUCUCGAUCUCCAUUGUAUCAAUGAUGUGGAGCUUCGGGAACUUCGCAAGAUUGGCUACAACAUUUCCUCCGCAUCGCCCCGGUGGGCUGCAUACGUUGUCGACAACGACCUGUUCCAGCUUGACGGCAACAAGUACAAUGACAUCGGCCCCGAUUCACCGUUCCCUCAAUCACUAUUGGUCCACAGAUGCCUCUACACGAUGAGCGUCGAGAUCCAAGACAAUUGGUUCUAUGUCGCAGGCGCCCUCAGCGGAAACGUCUCAGCUGGCUGUAUCCAGAAUGGUUGCUUCGGUAAUAGCCCCAAGGUGCGGCAAAACAUUGAGCCUUUAUCAUCCCUGUCCGGUGAUGGUGGUCCGAUAUUACUCUACAACAACUCCCAGCUCGACUUUGACAGCAUCUCCGCCAAGCUCUCCCAUGUAGCCACGCACAUGACGACAAUGCUGCGCCAGACGGGGAACGUGAACUACAGCGCACCGGCCGAGGGAGUGGUAUUUCACUAUGCAACGUGCCUGAACGUCCACUGGAUCUGGAUCACGCUUCCUUCCAUAGCAGCUGGCUGUGUCGUCGCACUGCUAAUCACCGUUGUCAUGUUAACGGCGUCCGACGGGACACCCAUAUGGAAGGGAAACGUCUUGGCUCUUAUAUUUCAUGGCCCAGGCGGCGCUGGCUGGAGCGAUAUGCCUAGGUCGAAUGUAGACGGGGACAAGGUGUUGUCCGAACUGGACACGAGUCAAGGGAUGGAGCAGAGAGCACGUGAGAUCAAGAUCAGGCUUGACCAGUCUUCGAACUCGGUACAGCUCUUGAAAGCCAGGGAGAGAUAG